GUUGAGAUUAAGCCGAUUAAAAAGCUCAUGGUAGCUAACAGAGGGGAAAUAGCUAUCCGGGUUUUCAGGGCCUGCCACGAGCUCGGUAUCAGAACUGUAUCCAUCUACUCGGAACAGGAUAGGAGGAUGAUGCAUCGAUUCAAAUCAGAUGAAAGUUACUUAGUAGGCAAGGGACUGGCCCCGGUCCCAGCGUACCUAUGUAUACCUGAUAUCGUCAGGAUCGCUAAGGAAAACGACGUCGACGCGAUACAUCCGGGAUACGGUUUUCUGUCGGAGCGAGGGGACUUCGCAGAUGCGGUCCUUGAAGCCGGCAUCCGACUAGUCGGUCCCAAUCCUGAAGCCAUCAAGAGGAUGGGAGAAAAAACUAUGGCCAGGAAAGCAGCCACAGAAGCUGGAGUGACUGUGGUUCCUGGGACACCAGGUCCGGUGAAAUGCGCAGACGAAGCCUACGCUUUCUGUAAAGAACAUGGAGUGCCUGUCAUUUUCAAAGCGGCCUAUGGCGGUGGGGGUAGGGGUAUGCGAAAGGUCAACAAACUGGAGGAAGUAAAAGAGCAAUUUGAACGGGCAACAUCAGAAGCAGUAGCAGCUUUCGGCAAUGGAGCGCUCUUCCUCGAGAAGUUCAUCGUUAGACCUAGACACGUUGAGGUACAAAUUCUCGGAGACAAAUACGGAAAUGUAAUUCACCUCUACGAGAGGGAUUGCUCAGUUCAGCGACGGCACCAAAAGGUCGUUGAAAUUGCCCCGGCGCCCAAUUUGGACCCUCGAAUUCGAGAUGCCAUCACGCAGGACGCCGUCAAGCUAGCCAAGUAUGUGGGCUACGAAAACGCGGGAACUGUCGAAUUUCUGCUAGAUUCUUCGACUGGGAAGUUCUACUUCAUCGAGGUGAAUGCCAGAUUACAAGUUGAGCAUACGGUGACUGAAGAGAUUACGGGAGUUGAUCUAGUUAGGGCCCAGAUAAAGGUCAGCGAAGGUUAUACCCUUCCCGACCUUGGCCUCACACAGGACCAAAUCAAGGUCAAUGGAUCCAGUAUCCAAAGUAGGCUGACCACGGAAAACCCCGCCACUCCAGAUUUCACACCAGAUACUGGAAGACUUGAUGUUUGUGUAAGUGGCGAAGGCAUGGGCAUAAGAUUGGACAGCGCUUCUGCUUACUCUGGCGGGUUUGUAAGUCCGUUCUACGAUUCGCUGCUCGUCAAAGUCAUUGCGACGGACAAAGAUCACCCGAACGCCUGCCAAAAAAUGUUAAGGGCACUGAGGGAAUUCACCAUUCGUGGUGUCAAGACGAACAUCCCAUUCAUCGUGAACGUACUACAAAAUCCGGAUUUCGUGAACGGAUCGGUGGACACGAGUUUCAUCGAGGAGAAUCCUCAACUUUUCAAAUUCGAUUCGGCGCCUAACGAGUCCCAGCAACUUUUAAAUUACAUCGGGAAUGUUCUCGUAAAUGGUGCACUCACGCCCUUAGCAACUGGACUGAAACCCGCAAAAAUCGCCGUACAUGUACCAUCAAUUCCACUGUUCCCGCGCGGGUGGAAACAAGUUCUGGAGGAGAAAGGUCCGGAGGGAUUUGCCAAGGCCCUCAGACAGCACCAGGGCCUCCUUCUGAUGGACACUACCUUUCGGGACGCCCACCAGUCCCUACUAGCCACGAGGAUUCGAACGCACGAUUUGAAAAAAAUUUCGCCAUUCGUCGCUUACAGGCUGAAUGGUUUGGCGGCUUUGGAGAAUUGGGGAGGGGCGACUUUUGACGUGGCGUAUCGGUUCCUACACGAAGAUCCGUGGGAAAGAUUGGAAAUUUUACGUCGACUCAUUCCCAACAUCCCAUUCCAGAUGCUGCUGAGAGGAGCCAACGCGGUUGGAUAUGCUAACUAUCCGGACAACGUGGUUUACAAAUUUUGCGACCUAGCCGUGAAAUCAGGGAUGGACAUAUUCAGAGUAUUCGAUUCCCUCAACUACGUACCGAACAUGGUGGUCGGUAUGGAUGCCGUCGGGAAAGCCGGUGGUGUAAUCGAAGCGGCGAUAUCUUAUACCGGUGAUGUUUCGAAUCCCGAUAAGAAGAAAUACAACGUAGAUUACUACAUGAAACUGGCUGAUGAGCUGGUCAAAGCCGGUACUCAUAUAUUAGGAGUGAAAGACAUGGCAGGAUUACUGCGACCGCAAGCCGCUAAAAUUUUAAUCAGUCGCCUACGAGAAAAAUACCCCGACUUGCCCAUACACGUUCACACGCACGAUACCUCUGGCGCUGGUGUAGCGGCGUUGCUCGCGUGCGCAGAGGCCGGCGCGGAUAUUGUGGACGUUGCGGUUGAUACGAUGUCUGGCAUGACAAGUCAGCCGUCCAUGGGCUCGGUUGUGGCUUCACUGGAGAGAACCCCACAUGAUACGCAUAUCCCACUUGAGUAUAUAUCCCAAUACGCAGCGUAUUGGGAGCAAGCGAGGCAGCUGUAUGCUCCGUUUGAGUGCUGCCUCACUAUGAAGAGCGGAAACACGGACGUGUAUGAGAAUGAAAUCCCCGGUGGUCAGUACACCAACAUGCAGUUCCAGGCGUUCAGUUUAGGCCUAGGUCAGCAAUUCGAUGAAGUUAAACGAAUGUACAAAGUGGCCAAUAUGGUUCUUGGUGAUAUUGUUAAGGUUACUCCGUCAUCCAAAAUCGUCGGUGAUCUAGCACAGUUUAUGGUUCAGAACAAGCUGACAGAGAAGACGUUGUUGGAAAAGGCGGAUGAAUUGUCAUUUCCGGAGUCCAUCAUUCAAUUCAUGCAGGGAAUGAUUGGGGAACCUUCCGGCGGCUAUCCGGAACCUUUGAGAUCAAAAAUUCUGAAAAAGACCCCCAGAAUCGAUGGGCGGCCAGGUGCAUCCAUGCCCCCGGUUGAUUUUGAAAAGUUAAAAGAAACUCAGGAAGAGAAACACGGUCAGCCAAUGACAGACAAGGAUUUGGUUAGCCACGCCCUCUACCCCAAAGUUCUGGAUGAUUAUUUUGAGUUCAGGAAAGCAUACGGACCCGUGGAUAAGUUGGAUACCAGGACGUUUCUAGUUGGGCCGGAAAUAGAUGAGGAGCUGAAUGUUGAAAUAGGUAGAGGCAAGUCACUGAACAUCGUAACGCUAGCCAAAGGAGAGAAAAAACUAUCAGGUGAGAGAGAAGUCUUUUUCGAGCUGAACGGCCAACCUAGAUCUCUCUACAUACGAGAUAAAGAGGCUAUGAAGGACAUGCGCAUCCACCCGAAAGCCACGAAAGGGGUCAAAGGUUCUGUUGGUGCCCCGAUGCCCGGAGAGGUACUUUCCAUCAAGGUGAAGGUCGGGGACAAAGUUGAAAAAGGUCAAGCUCUGGCUGUCAUGAGCGCCCUGAAAAUGGAGAUGGUGGUGCAAGCACCUGUUUCCGGAACUAUUAAACGGGUUGAGGCGGCCGGUGGGAUGAAAUUGAGUGGAGACGAUCUGAUCGUCGAGAUUGAGGAAUGAUGAAAAAAUUUGAUUCGCUGGCAGGCUGCUCGGCGAAUUUUUUAAACUUUGACAAUGAUAAAAGUAUCGUACUUGAUAUUUUUCGGUAUAAUUUACGAUACCAAAUAACUAAUGUACCGAAACACCGAUUGUUUGCAAUACCCAAAUACCGAAUCGUCUUUUUAUCGAUUAUAGCCAUUUUAUUCUGUCUAAUAUACCGACAUGAUUGAUUAAGUCGUAUUUUAAUCGAUCUGUAUUAAUAUUUUCUUAAUUUGUAUUAUAGUAACGAAAGCAUAAUAAAUCGAUUCGCAUAAUAAAAUAAUAAAUAAAUUAAAUGAAUGCAGUUAAACACACGAAGCAGUAUUUUACCUUUCAUAAUCUUUGUUCAUCUUUCUUCUUAGUUAAAUGAUUUUUAAAGUGGGCUUCACACGCACGCACGCACGCAAGCACGUACACACAUUUAUAUAUAUAUAUAUAUAUUUGUGUGUAUAUAAUAUAUUUGUGUGUGUGUAUAUAUAUACAUUAACGUUUGAACCUUAGUGAAUAGCCAUAAUAUGAUGUUAUUUAGUAUAUAUAUUUUAUAACACUUUUACUAUAUAUUUUUAUUUUAAUUCAUUGAUUUUAUUUAUUUGAAUUGAUUUUGGAGCAAUUGUAAAUAAAUUGACAUUCGUUUUACUGAAAUUGAUUAUCGACUCAUUUCAAUUUGUGUGUGUGUUUUUUAAAGUUUAUAUUACAAUCGUUAUCUUCAAAGUUUUUUAAAUAUUUUUUUUCGAGUUUCUUUCAAAUAUUUGAAAAAAAAAUUUGUGAUUAUUUUUAAUAAUACAUAUUUCAAGUCAUUUGUUUAUCAGAUUUUUUAGUUUUUUCUAUCCUUCAAGCACAUAUGCUUUCGAUAUUCAUAUUUUCAUCUAUCUAUUAUUUUAUUAACUCAUUCGUUCGUUCAUUCAUUCAUACAUUUAUUCAUUCAUUCAUUCAUUCAUUCAUUCAUUCAUUCAUUCAUUGUUAAAUCAAUUCCUUCACUCAUACAUUCAAUCAAUCAUUUAAUUUGUUGUUGUUCAGUUGUUCAAAAAAAACUAUUUUAUUCAGCCGAGCUCAAAUGCAAUACUUAUAUAUAUAAAUAUAUAUUUAUAUAUAUAUACAUAUACAUAUAUAUAUAUAUAUAUAUAUUAAUAA